UGUAGUACGUUAACGUCAUGGGUAAAUGUCAAUAUCAUAUGUGAUUUUUUGGUUAUAUUCUACGCGGUUAUGGAAUCAAUCUGAAUAAUACAUAUAAUAGUAGACCACAAAAAUAACAAAAAUAUGCUUCGGACAUUGUUUUCUGGAGCCGUCCGUACGGUCACUCAACUAGCAAAUCAAAACAUCGCAAUCGCCCCCAUGAAGCGUGCACUUUCUUACCAAGUCUGUAACCCGUGGGCAACCACAAAUUCCACUCUUCUUUCUAAACUACCAUGCACAGUUUCAACAGAUUUGUUAAAACCAGUUGUGCCAGUUUUCAGUGCACCUCAACAGCAAACGCGUUCGUUAACAAAAUUCUCGCUUAAUAAAGGGAAACGAAAAUCCGUAAAGGCUGUACUUAAACGUUUUAAACGUCUCGAUUGGGGAAUUUGGGUACGCACUCACACAGGCCGAAAUAAAAAAUUGUUUAAGAAAUCUCCCGAGCUGCGCAGAAGACUACGUCAACACAUUUUCACAAAUUCAACACAGAGUUACAUGCUGGACAAAAUGGUUACUAGUUUUUGGCGUCGUCCGAAAUACUACAUAGAUGACCCGUACACCCCUUACCAUAAAAGAGAUGAAUUCUUUGCCACAAAAAGUAAAACCUUUAAAGUUUAAAAUACUUUUAUGUAGAGAUCUACAUUAUCAUUAGUCCUAUGCUUAUAUUGCCGGAAUGUGGCCAUUAUAUUACCUUUAAAGCAUAAAAUAAACAUUUGAAACAAAAA